UCAAAACAACCCUCCACCUCCAAACUCAGCAGAACGGUGUUUUCAAACUGGAGGUCUAUAUUUCCCAUUUUCCGUUUGUUCAUGAAUGCAGCGUUCCUGUUAGCUUGUACUUGUCGCCAAGAAGCUACUCUGCUACUCAGAUUAAUUUUCAGGUUAUCGAGCAUAACAAUUAUGUCUUUUAAAAGAGAAGGUGAUGACAAGAGCCAGCUGAAUAUUCUCAAGAAACGUCGUGUGGCAGACCUCCUGUCUAACUUUAUUCCAGAAGAUGAGGCUGCUCUUAUGAAAAAUGGAAGGUACACUUGCCUUGUAUGUUCCUACCGUCCUGUGUUUGAUACAGUCGAUAUGCUGGCAGUCCACAGGAAGGGGAAGAGGCAUCUCGAGGGACUAAAAGGAUUUUAUGGCAAGAAAGCACGGCUGAAGAAUGAAAUAACAAAACGGAAACAUGAAAACUACGUCCAGGCUGAAGAGAAACGACAGGAGCCCUCCGGUUCAGCCCCGUUACUGGCACAAACACGGACUCUCACCCAUCAUGCUUUGCUGAAGACUGUACCGUAUAACAGCUGUCACAGAAAAACCAGUACAAAAUCUGAAAAAGUGACAGAAAGCACCAACUCAGAUCCCAGUGACAUCGUGACAUCCACCUGCUGGAAAUCUGGACUUUCAGGGAACACGUCACAAAGCAACUCCACUGUCUGCACAACAGGCGAUAAAGAGCCACAUCCAUCAAAAGAUGCAUUUGAAUCACAGACUACAGUAAGACAGGAGGCAGAACCCAUCACUGCCCAGAAGAAGAGAGAGCUGGAGCACUACCUCAAACUCAAAAGUGAUGGGUGGCUGCGAGACCGAAGCGGCAAGUGGGUUAAAGAUGAGAAUGUUGAAUUUGAUUCAGAUGAGGAAGAGCCGCUGUCACUUUCCCCCCUGCCUGGAAAUCAGUGAAAGGACUAAGAACGGUGUGGAAGCACAAAUAAACUUGUACCACAGUAGUGCGUUCAUGAUGCUGUUUGAAACAGCCAGAGCUCCAUGUGAAGACUUUAUCAAACGUGUCUUCUCUCAGUGAACCUUUCACAUUGUGUUCCUCUAUUGAUUCUUCGGUGUGCAACUAUUGUCUCGUCCAGGAUGUGCUCAGGUGCAUCAAGGAAGGUUGCUGCAGAGUCAGAUCUUUAGUUCAUUCUACGUCUUUCCCCAGACAGAUAACUUUUCAUAUCCAGUUAUAUUUAUGCUGAAGGCUGAACCUUUUGUUGUGCUGCUACACUGUACACUUCUUCGUGUGGAUUUCUGACAGCACACAUGCCUCGCGGUACUGCUGCCUCUAAUGUUGGGACAGAGAAAGUUGGUUCCGAGGGUGUGUUAAGAUUUUGCUCCUUUGUUUGCUGCAUGUUUACUUUUGUUUUGUUUGUUUCAGUACUUGCACACAUGCAUUAAGGUAACAUCAGAAUGGUGGGAAGUCUGACUUCGAAAGUAUUCAUACUCUGAUACAACCAACUACAAAUUUUGAUCUGCUAAAUUGAGAGCUUUGGUAAUUAAUCAGGCAACACAACUGGAAGAAAUUCCACCCAGGUUAAAAAUCUAUAAAAAUUCAUACAUUCUGCUGAACUUUUAAGACAUAAAAAAUUAAGAUUGCAAAUAUCCUUAUGAGUUCUUAAACAAAUUUCUUCUUGUGGGCAAUCACACACAAAAUAUUGCCCCAAAAUAUGUGACAUUAGAGGAUAAUUUUGGUUUAGUAGAACUUUCCUUUUUGAUGGAGUUUGGGGCAUUCAGUAAAUUAAUUUUGUUUUAAUUGAAGAUCAUUGUCAUUCAUGAUUUCCACAAUAUACUUAGAAAAACUAAAACAUCCUGCCUGAACAUGAAACAUGUUGAAGUCUGGAAGCUGGAUGUCACUGAAGUUAAUAAAAUUGAUGUUGGACGAUGA